AUGAGCACGUGCACCGCAAUCGCUCUUUUCGCCAUUAUUGCAGUCUCUUCAGGAUUUGCAUUCGAUGACGAACAUAGUGCAGAUGUGGCCAAGGAACGAUUCGCACGAAGUCCUGACCAGAGGCAAAAGUUUGCAUUUGCUUUCGCAAAGAGGAGUGAAGACGAACCAGAAGCGAAACAGCGAUUCGCACGUGAUCUUGAAAAUGCUAAGAAGUUUGCGUUUGCUUUUGCUAAAAGGGGCAUAGAUUUGAGCGAUGAAGAGAGUGCGUUGCGAUUUGCUCGUGAUUUGGAUAGCAACAGAAGAUUCGCUUUUGCCUUUGCGAAACGUAUGGCAGAUGAUGGUCAACUACUGCGAUUUGCGAGAGCGAGUUUCGCCUAG